ACUCUUUGAAUAGUAACCUACAGAGGGCUAGGUUAGGUAGUACAAGUACCUACCUAGAUAACGAUUUUCAGAUGGGAUGGCGGAGCUGAAAAUUAAAAUGAAAUCCGGGACAAUUUUUUGAAUUGAUUGAAUAUAUCUGUAAUUUAUGAUAAUUUGAUGUUAUAAUUGUGACUAUCUAUCAAAAACCCAAAUAACGUAAAUAUCCGAAAUCGUGCUUUUUCUCUUGUACCGUAUUUCGUUCAGACGUGGUAAUAAUUAUUUUCCGGCUAAUUAUUGAAAAUUUUCUAAUGGGAACGAAAUUUGGAGUACGUACUUCUACCUACUAAGAGAUGCAAUGGAUCUUCUGCAAUAUUGUCUAAUCUAAAUAAAUGUUCACAAUGAAAGAGCCCAGCCCCGAUAUACAGAUUGAAUUCAAUGAAUCGCAUGCAGUCUCUUCCACCACUUUUGGAAGGGUUGGUUGGACAUCCAACAAAGAUACAUCUAUUUUGAUCACAGAUUCUGUUCAAGCCAUCACUCAUCAAAAUAUUAUAAGAAAAUGGAAUCGACUGUCACGCCUUCAGAGAUCUUUAGUGUAUGCAUCCCUUGCUAUUGCAGCAACUGUUUUAGUUUUGUAUUAUACUGCAAAAGUGAGCGAACCUGAUGUAGAUAUACCAAAUGCUAGCCAUUUAGUUGAGGAACCUUUAAAAAAUAUAUCUCUAGUCAACGAGCCAGUAUUGAAUACGAUGAUACUCAAAAAGCCUGUGCAAAACGAAGUUGUAAAAAUCGAGAGGCGACCGCCUGUAUUCACAGGACCAUCAAACGCGCGGCAGUUAGCCGUUGUGCAGAGUUUCAAACAUGCGUGGAAAGGAUACAAAGAACAUGCUUGGGGACAUGACAAUGUGAAGCCUUUAUCAGGAAUGCCAUUCGAUUGGUUUUCUCUGGGUCUCACUAUAGUCGAUGCAUUGGAUACAGCUUACAUAAUGGGAUUAAAUGAAGAGUUUGAGGAAGGAAAACAAUGGAUAAAAGAUGAAUUGGUUUUCACAAAAAAUAAAGAUGUCAACUUUUUCGAAGUUACCAUCAGGGUUUUGGGGGCUUUGUUAACCAAUUAUCACUUUACUCGUGACGACAUGUUUCUCAAUAAAGCUAAAGAUUUAGGAGACCGGUUAAUGGCUGCUUUCUCCUCGCCUUCUGGGAUACCAUAUUCCGACGUAAACCUCGGCAUGAAGACUGCGCACGCGCCGGAAUGGUCGCACUACAGUACUACUGCCGAAGUGACCACAGUACAACUUGAGUUCAGGGAACUUUCUAGAGCGACCAAAGACCCUGUUUACGAGGAUGCUGCGGCGGCAGUGUCAGAGAAAAUCCACCAGUUGCCGAAGAAGCACGGUCUGGUUCCUAUUUUCAUCAACCCGGGCACCGGUCACUUUCUACCCCAUGCCACCAUCACGUUGGGCGCACGUGGAGACAGCUACUACGAAUACUUGCUAAAACAAUGGCUGCAGACUGGGAAGACUAUUAAUUAUUUAUUAGAUGACUACAUGACUGCAAUGGAAGGAGUCAGGGAAUUCCUAGCGAGAAGAUCAUCCCCUAACAAACACUUGUUUAUUGGAGAAUUGUCCGCGGGAUCUGAGACAUUCAUCCCCAAAAUGGACCAUUUGACUUGUUUCCUGCCUGGCACCCUGGCGCUUGGUCACGCUAACGGGCUCCCAGACUGGCACAUGAUGAUGGCUGAGGAGCUCAUGCAAACCUGCUAUUUAACCUACGCUGCGCAUCCCACGUUUUUGGCACCUGAGAUAACACAUUUUAAUAUGGUCAGCAGUACUGAAGACAUGUAUACAAAAACAGCAGACGCGCACAGUUUGCUGCGGCCGGAAUUCGUCGAGAGCCUGUGGUACCUGUACCAGAUCACUGGCAACACCACCUAUCAGGAUUGGGGCUGGCAGAUUUACCAAGGAUUCGAGAAAUACGCUAAAGUGUCAAACGGAUACACAUCGCUUGCGAAUGUGAAAUCAGAGAAGCCUUUACAAAGGGACAUGAUGGAAUCUUUCUUCCUCUCGGAAACGCUCAAAUACCUGUACCUAUUGUUUAGUGAGGACAGAUAUGUCAUUGACCUCAACCGGUAUGUAAUCAAUUCUGAGGCCCACCCACUACCUAUACACGAGAAUUAACAUCCAAAGACAUAAUAUUGUUGGGUUUAUAGGAUCCCAUAAAUUGUAUAAAUUAAAUCUUGGACGUCGUUAUAUUCUGACGGAAAGACUGACUUAUUUAAAUACAGUGUAUUUAUUACAUUGGAAGUUGUAUGAUAUUAUACAUAUAUAUAAAACUAAGAAUUCUUGACAGAUUUCUGAUCAGCUACGAUUGACUAAUCUAGGAUUUUUUGACGCUAAUGAAAUGCCUAUUUGAACCUAGCAUGCCCUCGGGCAUUCAUUAAAAUUAUCUUGAAUAUUUUUUGGUGAAAAUUUACUAUCGAUAAGGUAGCUUUCUGGUUUAUUUUAUUCAAAAUGUAUGUUUUGAUUGGGAUAUGUUUAAUGUUACAUAUGUUCUCUAGUUCUAUUUAGGUAGGUAAAGACUGCGUUUUCCUAAAAAUUGCUGUUUUUAACUUAAUAAUUCAUUACUAUUUGCUGACACUUCCAAAGGAAAAUAAGAUAGUUAAAUAAGUGAUUGUCUAUUAUAUAUUUUAAUGAUAAUGGCACUUAUUAUUCAUCCUAAAACUUUAAUAUGAGCACAUAAUAAAACUUACAAUACAAUAUAGUAUAAGGUGGUCAUGUCGCACACAUAUUUUGUUAUCCGAAAAGGUCUUCAUACUUUUUUAUCAUCCAUUUUUUGAUUUCUGAUAAUCUUAUUUCAGUUUUAGUAAUGAUUAAAAUAGAUAUAAUUUUAUCUCAAUGACAUUGUUUUUUUCUAUAUUAAUUGGCGUUCUCACAAUAUUAUAAAUGAAUAAAUAUUUUGUUCAUAAUUAAACAUUUUAUGGAAUAAUAUUUUAUAGAUAUUGCAUUAAGUAUAGAUGUUAUUACGUUUGUAGUCCGCAAUUAUUCUAAUGACAGAGUCUAUUUGGAUGAAAUUUGUUUUUUAGAAUUUUUUACUAAUGUACUGUUAAGUUAUAAGUUCUAUUGUUUUUAAGAAAUAUUCAGGAUUUUUAUUUUAUUUCAUUAAUGAUUUAUAGAGAAUUUAUAGUUGGCAACACAAUAAUAAGUCCAAUAUCAAGGUUAAUUUUACCAUUGAUAUAUACGUUAACGCCGUGUAAUAUAUCAGACUUAGCUUAUCACAACUCCGCCUGUUUAAAACCUUAAUUCCCGUUUUUCUCAUCCCAUGAGAGCAUUUAGGGGAGUAAUCUGUAAAAAAUUAAAGAUAUUGACAAACUAAACCGAAACUAAAAUUCCCAUAUUUUCCGUUCACGUGUGAACUUUUAUAUUUAAGGAUAGGUAUAUGUGACUUCAGACAAUUAUUAUUAAAUUUUAUCAAUAUUAGUUGUCUUUCUAUGAAAACGUAACAGACAUAUGGAUAGGUUCUUGCAUUAAUAUUUAAUAAUCUUUAUUGAUUCUCUCACAGUAAAACGUAUUUUACCUUUGUUUAUUUAGACCGGUCUCUUCAUAUUUUAAUGCACCAUUAAUAAAACCAUUUAACAUCUAAGAAAAUUAACUAAAUCUUAUAUACCAAUUAAAAAAUAACUACGGUUAUGUAAGUAGUCUUCAUAGAAUUAAUGUUUGACGUGGCAGUUAGCUAUUGAGGUUUGUUGUACAAUAUUUUAUGUAUGAAUGAAUGCGCCAGUUUAAUGUACUUACAAUAUAGACAAGACGAAUUUAUACGAUCUUUUAAUUGAUAAUUGUGAAUAUCAAUUUGCCAGUCACAACGUUUGAUCGAUUGGUUUUUCAUCUUUUGAAUGCAUUUCCACGUCGGAAAGCGAUCACUAGUAUUUUGAAAACAAAUAUACAGCACUAAACAUUUUUUAAAAUUAUAAUGUAACUUGAGCUAUUUGCAAAAAUAAUUUAUUAUUAGAGUAAUGACGAGUACACUAUCUAGCAUAUACAUAUAUUCAAAAAUGUAUACUCUAUAAAAGAAGACUUCAUGUAAUGGAUACAACCCAUCAUAUUGAUUUUUCACUAAUUAGAAUAAGAUUAUCUAUAAUUGUGUAUUGUAAUAUGUUAAUGUAACAUUUGAACGUGCCGGAUGUUUGAUGGCUCAUUUGUUUAAGAUUAACCAAACAUCAAAAAUGUUUUUUUUUUGGCCUGAGGUUGAAGGGAUGUAGGUAUUUUCAUGUCGAUUUUUGUUGUUAGAUUUUGAGUAUGUAGUGUUAUUUAUAUUAAUAUUCUUAAUGUGUACAUAAAAAUAAGCUGUGAGUUGUUUUAUGCUUGGAUAUAAUGUAUUUUGUUAUUAAAUACUUAUGGAAUUAAGAAAAAACAACUAAUUAAUUUAUAGCAUACAUUUUGUUGUGUGAAACAAAUUAAUAAAUGGCGCUUGAUUUUUGGAAAGGAGUGGAAACGGUUGGACCGUGUGAAGUUUAUUUUAUUGCUAGGAAAAUUGUAAAGUUGAAUGAUAUCUUUUAUUGUUUUGCGAUUACAAUAUCGUUAUAUUAAUUUAACAAAUUUAAGCAAGGCAACGAUCAGAUGAUCAUAUUUUUAACAAAUAAAAAAGAUUUUAUUUCCUUGAAUAUCACUAAAUGUCAUGUUUCACAUACUUAUUGAAACAUUUAUGAAAGUUUUACACUUCUAUAAAUGUCUUUUGUUCUUAAUUUCGAUCUAUGCUACGCCUAUGUAUUUCAAACUACGUGUGAUGUAAUGGGCCCCUUUUUAAAGACUUAUAUAAGUAGUCAUUUUAAAAAUAAACUGUCAUUUAUUUAGUUACCAUGAAACUAGCUGUGGCUCUAAAAUUCUAGGAAUUGUAUGAAUGCGAAUCAAAGUAGUAUUUUUUUAAUUCUUUACUAAUGUAGCAAAAGUGAUUUAUUUUAAAUAUUGAAGUGAAUUUUUUAAUGAAUACAUGUAUAGUUAUUACAACUUUUCAGUAUGUAUACUGAAUUUGUACUCGUUCUAUGAACAUAGUGCAUAGUUAGAAAAAUAUCUAGGUUUUAUUAUUCACUAACUAAUGUUGUGUUAUUUUACGGUGGUUGUAUUGAAUAAUAAUUUGAUAUUACAUUUUAACUACUUGACUUAUUAA